AUAUAUUUUUGUUUUGUUUUUACUUCAACUUUGCACAACUAAUACAAGUAGCGAUAAUACCACCAAAAAAGCAAUAAUUCUAGACAAUUGAAGAGAAAAUUAAAGAGGAGAAGGGGGUUUGUGUCAUAUGCCCACCAUUAACACUUGUCUAGAGCCUCCAUCUUCAGCUUCUUCUUUGUUUUUAAUCAAACUACUGAGGGAAGCUCAAACCAGAUGCUCUUUCAAUGGGGAAAAAUGACCAAAGUCUGCGCCAACGGCAGUCUCUUGAGGCUUCUAAUUUGCCUCCCUCUGGGUUAUGUUGUCAGAGAUGUUCGGUGGUGUUUUCGGUGAUUUCUCGGGAGUUUAGUGCCAAAUGCGUCGUCGUUUUCCUUUUCAGUUUAGCUAUUUUUCUCUCCGGGAUCUUCUGGAUCCUUCCCCUUCACAAUUUCUUAUCUGGGUUUGAUGCAAAAGAUGCAAUUAAGCUCAGUGCAACAGUUCAGGCAUACUUCAGACUGGAGAUGCCAGUUUCACAGCUUGUUCCACAUAUAGAAAGAUUAGAGUACGAUCUCUACGAGGAAAUAGGUGUCCCAGAUGCAAAGGUGGCUAUCUUAUCUAUGCAUCAAUCAGGUGCUUCAAAUUGGACCAAUGUGGUAUUUGGUGUUCUUCCUGAUCCAAUAAAUGAUCCCAUAAAUCCCGUGUACCUAAGUGUGCUUAGAUCAUCUUUAAUUGAGUUAUUCCUUCAGCAAUCAAAUCUAACUUUGACAACAUCAAUUUUCGGGCGGCCUUCUACGUUUCAGAUUUUGAGGUUUACAGGGGGGAUCACCGUAAUUCCUCUGCAAGCUGCUUCCAUUUGGCAGAUACCGCAGAUUCUAUUUAAUUUUACUCUUAAUAAUUCCAUAUCUGAAAUAGAGGCGAACUUUGUUGAGUUGAGGGAUCAAUUGAAGUCUGGAUUGCAUCUGAGGUCUUAUGAGAACGUGUAUGUGCAAGUAACAAACACAGAGGGCUCUACAAUAACUCCACCAGUCAUAGUUCAGGCUUCAGUCAUGUCAGAUCUGGGGAGCCUUCUACCUCAGAGAUUGAAGCAAUUGGCUCAAACAAUCACGGAUUCUCCGGCUAAGAAUCUUGGCCUUAAUAAUUCAGUAUUUGGUAAUGUUAAAAGUGUCGUUUUAUCUUCUUAUUUAAAGGGUACACUUCAUGCAACUCCUCCAACUCCUUCACCAGCCCCAUCCCCAGAACCAUCAAUUUCCCCAUCUCCUGCUCAUUCUCAUUAUUCUCCAGCACCAUCACCUAACAUUAAUCACUAUCCACCCUGUUUGAAUUGUGAAGUUUCUUUUCCACCUGAUUCUGGUGAUCUCUAUGCCCCAAGCCCUGAAAGUGCCCCCUCUCCUGCACCUUCAGUUGCAAUUGCUAACUCUCCUUGUUAUCAUCCCACUUUUCCUCCAAGCUCUUCACCAACGUCUAAUCCUCACCCUGCUCGUUUACCCCCAAUGCGUUCACCACAGUUGGCUCCUAGUCUAUCACCAUUACCUGCAGUAUCUUAUGGUUCUGGUCCAGGCCAUGACAUGGGAAGUGCAACAGCCCCAGUUUACCCAUCACUUGCACCAUCUCCAUCGUCUUCUGCAGCGGGUCUUUUCUUCAAGGAGAUCUGGUUAUUCGGAUUUUCUGGACUCCUCUUGUUUCUUAUCCUUUGUUGGUCAUACUGACAGCACACACUUCAUCCUCAUAAUACUCCCUAAACAGUUUUUCACCACAAAGCAUAAUGACAUUAAAACAGAGUUUUGUUCUGGCGGGAAUGACAGAAACUCUUGCGAAAAGUUUCUCCAGUUUUUCAUUUUCCCCCUUUCAGCUUCUAGUCAAUUGACAUAAGUGUAAAUGAAGAAGAACCAGGUCAAAGCCAAAAAGAUGGCAGGCCACCCAGUCCACUGAAGUGUUCGCCUUAUCGAAUGAGAACAUGAGGUAUGUUCUUCCCAAAGGGAACAGAUUUCUUUGCAGAUUUUAAGAAGAAUCGUCAUUCUUCUGUAUUGAUCCAAGUGUAAACACAUGACGGUUCUUUUUCGAGUAUUUGCAAUUUUUAGUGGAAAGCAAAACAUGUGAUGCGGAAUGGAAUAUAAACUAGUUCCAUAAAUUGCUAAUCAAAAGAUGGAUACUUGUAUAUAUGAAUUCAACAUCUGAUUUUUUUCUUUCUUUGAGCUGGUUGAUGAAUAAAUUAGACGUGGUCAUCUUUUUUUUUUU